UUACUACUUUGUGCGCGGGGUCCACCUCGUUAGCAUGGCCGAGCUCGGCGUCCCGCCCCGCCGCCGGCCCCUCGCCCCCCGCGGCGGGAGAUGCUGCUGCCGCUGAUGAUCCGGUUACUACCCACUCGCGUUCGAGACACGAGUCGCGCCGCGGCCGCGACCUGCGGGGACUGCCGGCCCUUGCCCCGCCCGCCUUCCCGCCACGCCACGCCACCCCUCGCGGUAAGGGCAGUAGUACUGUGCUAUAUCCAGUUAAGAAUUGGUCGUUUUCACGCUUAGCGCAGCGCGCACUCACGCCGGCGUGAGGCGGGCGAGGGGCAGGGUCGGCAGGGUGCGCCGAGGCAGCGGCGGAAGAACUGCUAACCCUCUUUGCCCCCCGCUUCCCCUCUCGCCCUAUGCGCACACGCCAGCGUGAGCGCACGCUGAGCGUGGAAACGACAAAAUUCUCAACUGGAUAUAGCACUGACCGACAAGCGAAAGUACGCGGCGCGGCGCGGCGCGGCCGGACAGCACAGCAGCUGGCCGAUACGACCCAAGUCGGGCGCGGCGCGCGCGGGGCCAGGCCCGGGUCGGCCCGAAGUCAGUGUGAAGCAGCGCGGCGCGGCGUGGUGCUGUACGCGCGGUGACCUACGCCCAUCGCCCCGCGCCCCCUCGCCGUCAGUGCGCCACCGACCGAGAGCGCUCCGAGAACCCUUUGAGGUCGCGGCCACGCAUCGCACGCUUGUCUACGAGGAAGUGGCAGUCAGCUGAUCGCUCGUCGCGGCGCCCGCAAGACCGGUCGGCGGCCAUGACAGUGACGUCGCUGCUGCUACCGCGGCUGCCGGGGCGGUGCAUCCGGGCGCUCGCCGGCCUGACGGCGACGGCGGCCCCGGCGGGCCUGCGCGCACGCCCCCUGCACACCAGCGUCGCCAUGCGGACCGCAGUGUUCCGGCGAGCGGUGGGCUUCGCGGCCAACACGGCGCUGCGCGACCGCCACGCCGAGUACACGUACGCCGGGCUGUGGCGCUGCAGCCGCCUGCUGGCCGACAAGGUGUCCGAGUCGCUGGAGGGCCGUCGCGGCCAGCGCGUCGCCUUCCUGUGCCCCAACGACGCCUCCUACGUCAUGGCCCUGUGGGCGUGCUGGAUCAGCGGCCAGAUCGCCGUGCCGCUGAGCCCGCUGCACCCCGAGUCCUCGCUGAAGUACUUCGUGGAGGACAGCGGCGCCGGCCUCCUCAUGGCCACGCCCUCCACCGCGACGCGGCUCGCGCCCUUGGCCGCCGGCCCCGACUCCGCGGCGAGCGCGCCGACCCUGCUGCUCAUCGGGGACGACCUGCGCGCCGCGGCCGCCGCCGACGCCGACCCGAGGCUCGACGGGGAGGACCGCGCGGCCAGCGGGAAAGACGACGGCGCCGACGGCGCCAUGAUCAUCUACACGUCCGGGACCACCAGCCUUCCAAAGGGCGUGCUGCUGAGUCACGGUAACCUCGCUGCCCAGGUGCAGGCGCUGCUGGACGCGUGGCGCAUCGGCCCCGAGGACAACGUGCUGCACGCGCUGCCGCUGCACCACAUGCACGGCAUCAUGAACGCCUUGCUGUGCCCGCUGGCCGCGGGCGGCAGGAUCACGAUGCUGCCCAAGUUCUCGGCCAGCCAGGUGUGGACCGAGAUGCUCAGUGAGCAGCCCGGGCGCGUCAACGUGUUCAUGGCCGUGCCUACCAGCUACGCCAAGCUGGUCGACGAGUACCACGCGACGGUGGGCAGCACGCCGGAGGGGCGCGACCACGUCAAAGACACGACGAGGACCAAGAUGAGGCUGAUGGCGAGCGGGUCGGCGCCGCUGCCGGUGCCGCUGUUCGAGCGCUGGGAGCGCAUCACGGGCCACCGCCUGCUCGAGCGUUUCGGCAUGAGCGAGGUGGGCAUGGUGCUCUCCAACCCGCUCGAGCCUCAGAGCGAGCGCCGCCCGGGCUUCGUCGGGAACCCCCUGCCGCAGACGCGAGUGCGCCUCGUGCGGCCCGCCACGGACACGCAGCCGCGCGAGGAGAUCCUGUGCGAGGGCGACGCGCACGGCACCACCCUCCGCGUCAAGGACGGCAAGCCCACCGUCGGCAACCUGCUCGUCAAGGGCCCCAACGUGUGCACGGGCUACUGGAACAAGCCCGACGCCACGGCCAAGGAAUUCACCGCGAAUGGCUGGUUCAAGACCGGUGACACGUGCGAGUUCGUGGACGGUGCCUACAAGAUCCUGGGCCGGACGUCGGUCGACAUCAUCAAGACGGGGGGCUACAAGGUGAGCGCCGUGCAGGUGGAGACGUGCCUGCUGGGCCACCCCGACAUCAGCGACUGCGCCGUGGUCGGGCUCCCGGACGACACCUGGGGCCAGAGCGUGGCCGCCGUGGUGCGGCUGCGGGAGGGCGCCUCGGACACACACAGCCUGGACCAGCUGCGGGACUGGGGCCGCGAGAGGCUGCCGCCCUACUCGCUGCCGAGGACGCUCCGCGUCGUGCCGCAAGUGCCGAGGAACCCGAUGGGCAAGGUCAACAAGAAGAGCCUCGUGGCGGAGUUGUUCCCCGACGCCGACAAGUCUCAGGCCGCCUGAGGCGGGCUGACACACACACUGUCACGGAUUGGGGAGGAGUCCUUUUACUUUCACACAGACACAGUUUGAUCAGUAAAAUGUUUUUAUUAGGAUAGAGGAAAAUGCAAGGAAAGGGGUACAAAUUAAUUAUUAGGCAAGACGUAUGGUUGUAUAACAAGGGAUUUUUCCCACAAAAAUUUGACAUUAUAACUAGAUUCAAAAAGUUGACAUUAUGAAACUGUUAAAUGUUGAAAGUAAGAAGAUUAGGCUCUACUGAAUGACUAAAAUUAUAUCACAGCUUCCAGACACAAAUGAGGCCCAGUGCAAGAGGAUAAAUGAUUAUAGAGGACCCACAACUUGUCAUAAGAAGCAAAAGACAGACACUGGACUAUACUCAAUAUCUUAACUGAGAUCAAUGUAAAUUAUAUUGCACAAUAAGGCAAUAUGGAAACAGUAUUAAGUACAAAUUUUCUCCCCAACAAGGAUAGAAUCCUACAGUAUCUUAUAUGCCUAUGUGAAAUGACUUUAUUUCAGACCACACAGGAUGGUCGUCAUACGAAAGAUAAGCAAAGGAAUGUUGUAUUAAAAGUAAAAUGCUGUUUUGUGA